AUGGCAGAGCCUUCGUUGUUACCGAUACCGUCGCUUCCGUUUGACUUAAUCGAAGAGACACUUCAUAGGACUCCGGCUGAAUCUUUGAUCCGAUUCAAAUCAACGUGCAAGAGAUGGUACGCUCUCAUCAGCAGCGACAAGAAGUUCAUGCAAAAGCACUUAGAUAACUCUCCGGAACGGUUUCUAAAGAUCGAUGUUGAUGAGGGGGUUCAAAUCAUGGAUCCGCUGACUGGAAUCUUCUCGGUUACACCAAUCCCACACGUGUUUCGCAACACGUAUCCGAUUCUUUCUAUGGUUCACUGUGAUGGUCUGAUGUUGUGCAUGUGUCGAGGAGUAAGAGAUGGCGCCGGUCUCGCAGUGUGGAAUCCGUUUUUGAGGAAAUUCAAAUGGAUCAAACCAUCGGUUCGUUACUGGGAUAGUGAUUACUUCGGGAUUGGAUACGACAAUGCAUCUCGUGACAACUACAAAAUCUUGAGGUUUUGGGGUCCUAUGUCCCGUCGCGACGAUGAGAAAUCAGAUCCAAAGUGUGAGAUCAAAGAAUUCAAUUCUAAGUCGUGGAGAAACAUUAAUGCUGACGUUGAUGGACGAGUUGUUAUGGAUUGCAGAGGUGUGUCUGUGAAGGGUAAUAUGUAUUGGAUUGCUGAUAAUAGUACCGACGACUUCAUUCUAAGUUUUGAUUUCUCCGUGGAAACAUUCAAGAACGUAUGUGUUUGUCCUCCUUCUUGGGUUGCUCGGAAACUAGCAUGUUUCAGUGGAGAUAGACUCUCUUUGUUGCAACAAUCUAAUGAUGUGGAAGCAAGCGAGAUUGAGGUGUGGGUGACAAACGAGUUGAGUGACGGUGUUGUUUCGUUUAGCAGAUAUUUCAGCGUCACUAGCCCUGAUCUUCCGGCGUUACAUUUCCAUGAUCGGAUGGAUAGUCCGGGAUAUUCGGUUGGUAAGCACAGAGAUAUCAUGGCUUGGUGUGAGAGAGCUGAAAAAAAGGAUGAUGUGUGGUAUGUUUGCGUCAAGUUUUACGAAAUUGGUGGUGAAGGUGGGAUCAGAAAACAGAUUGUGACAGGAAGACAUCGACGGCUUGACUACAAUGACCCGUUGAUUUGUAGCUAUGUGUAUGUUCCAAGUCUAGUUUCGAUUCCUGUCAAGAAGAAUAAGAGGUAG